AUGUCUGAUGAUGAGAUAAAACCUGUGAAAAUGGCUAAGAAAAUUUUAAAACACGAAAGGACCAUUUUUUUGAUAGAUGUUGGUUCAAACAUGGCAGAUGUAUGUCCUGAUUCUAAUGCCUCUUUUCUUGAUGUCGCUAAAGAGAUUCUGGAUUGGAUUAUUACAAGAAAAGUAAUAAUUCUGUAUUCUAUUUUUGCAAAAUCGUCUGAUGAAUUUGCUGUAAUGUUGUUUGGGUGUGAAUGUGAUAGUAUAUCGUUUCCGGUUUUUUCUGAUAAGAAUAUUAGAUUUUGUAUAGAAAAACUGCAAACUGCAAAAAUUGAAUGGUUAAAAUUAUUCGAGAAAGAAAUUCAAAUCAGUAUUAACACAAAGGGGGAUUAUAUUUCUGCACUCACAGAAGCAGUCAAUUAUAUUAGAUGCUUAUCAUAUUUGGACCAAACUGAUUUAACAGCUCGAAAUCUUUUGCUCAUAAGUAACUUGGCAGGUUACCCUAUCGGCUCUUCUGAAAUUGAUCCUGCGAGAAUUGAGAAUAUCGUUAAUAGCAUCAAAACUUGUGGAAUUUCUUUGAACGUUGUUGGUCCGCCAGUGAAGUUUUACAAAUGCGAAUAUACGAAAAAUGAAACUGAUGGAUCCAAAAUGGUUUUGAAUGAAACUGAAAAUGGUUUAAAAUUGGUUUCUUCUAUUGUUCAACAAGUAAAUGGAGUCAUCUACUCUUUUACGGAAGUAUUGCCUAUGUUGCAAAAGUUUAUUCGCCGUCAAACGAAUAUUCGUGGUCAAAAAUUUUUAUUGGAGCUGGGGGAGAAUAUUAAAUUACCAUUGUAUUUAUUUAAAAAGGUUCAAGAGAUGGACAUGAAAUUCAAUUUCGAAAAAUUUGACGAAUCGACGAAAGUGAAAUUGAAAAAAGAAACUAUUUUUGAAAAAAUCGUUGAUACUGAUUGCAUACCCAGUUCAAAAGUUGAUGCGAAAUUUCAACAAAGCAAAAAAAUUAUACAACUGAAGAAAGAGGAAACUGUAAAAGGUUACUGCUUUGGAACAUCCGUAAUAUCUUUUAAUGAAGCGGAUCAGAAAGUAUAUGGGUGGGCCCGAGAAAGUCGAUCUAUGAAGCUCAUGCAAUUUGUUAAAUCAUCGGAAAUAUUGCAACAUUAUCUGAUGGAUGGAGGAGUGUAUUAUUGUUUGCCACCCGUCGACGAUGAGGACGGCUCAACAAUGAUUUCGUCAUUGGUAAAUGCGAUGAUAAUUGAAGAAUCAGUGGCUUUAGUUCGUUUCGUGUUUAAUGGAGUAUCUUUUCCACGCAUUAUGGCGUUAUUCCCAAGAAUAAGCAAGAAAGGGGCUCCAAUAUUCGUUGGAAUCGCUUUGCCUUUUUAUGACGAUUUUCGCGGAUUAGAAUUUCCAUCAUUUGAGGAAGAACAGUUUAAACCUACUUAUGAGCAAGUGUGUGUAGUUGAAGCCUUUGUUUCUUCAAUGGAUCUUACAAAAUAUCAGAUUAGUAAUAGCGGUGAAUACAUAGAAAGUUUGCGACCACGUGAUGUUUCUAAUCCCAAAUUGCAGCGAAUAUGUGAAGCAGUCAAACAUAGGGCAUUUAAUCCUGACGAUCCUUUAUUGAUUCCAUCUUCAAAAAUCCUGGAUGACUUAAAGCCUAGACCUAUGCUGCUAAAGUUUGCAAGGUUAUUCCGAGUUUUUCACUCUUUUUCUUAA